AUGUUUGUCGCGGCCAAAGCCCAGGGUUUCGGCGUCCGGGGCGUCGAAGACAAGACCCCGGUCAAGACCGUAUUAGCCUUCAAAGACAUGGCCGCGGGCCUACGCCGCGGCGACCCUCUAUACGCGGCACUUCUAACUCCCCCCUUCGACCCCAAGGCCAAAAAGGGGCUGAUGGAGUACGACGUGUUUGCCCGCUGGAAGGCCAGCAAGAUCCAAGGCGCCUCCUUUGCCCGCGCCAUCUAUAUAGCCGCGUGUUUCCACAUCGUCGACACCUACCCCGACUUUUUCCCCCCUCCGGCGGCCGAUGCCACCGACAUGAAAUUUGGGGACGUGACCCGCGAGAAUGUCAAUCGCGCCAUGUGCCCCGUCCGCUACCUGACCGACGACGAGGUCGCCGCCAUUAGCUCCGACGUGCGGAUAGCCCCUCGCGAGGCCACCGCGGCCCUUAAGGCCUCUACCGCCGUGUUUUUAGACGACCGCGGCUUCGACGCCGACGCAGAUCUCGACGAGGAGUUUAGCCGACGGAUCGAAAUUGAAAAGGCUGCCGGCGUUGAUGGCCUAUUUAACCCCGAUGGCAACAGCGCCGUAUUGUCCAUCGUUUCCGACUUUACUAGACUAAAGGCCUCUGCUCGGUCCGCCGCCGACGAGUCACGCCGACCUCUCCUCACCGAGGAGUAG